UAUGUAUAUAUGUGUAAGAGAAAGAGAGGAGGGACAGAGCUGUUAAAGUCUUCGGGUCCUGCUUGCUGCCUCAUACUGCAGACGUUGAAGAAAGAAGCUGAAAUAUGAAGACUUUGGCCAUCCUGGUUCUCUGCUCCUUGGCAGUCAUCUGUCUGACUUCAGAUGCCUCCGCUGGCUCCCAGCCUGCCAGUGACAACCUUGCUCAGGAGGGUUUGUUUGUGGAGAGGGAGCAGGCCUCCACCGUGGUGAGACAGAAGAGAGCUGCUGGAGACUUAUCCCUGACACAGCUGGAGAGCCUGAGAGAGGUGUGUGAGGCCAACCUGGCUUGUGAGGACAUGAUGGACACGCAGGGAAUCAUUGCCGCCUACACCGCCUACUAUGGACCAAUCCCCUACUAAAAGCCAAACCACACAUGGCUCAUCACAACUGUGUUUUGUUUUUAAAUUAGAACGCUCACCUUUGAGGUUCUACUUUUUUUUCUUUGUAGUUAAGCCAAAAAGCAUGAAAAACAUUUCCAAAAGUGUGCCAGAAAAUUUUAAAGUGAGAGAUGUGGAGAUAAAGAUUCAAGCAGAUGAGUGAAAGUACAGGAGGAAUGCAUUUAUUUCCCAUCCUGCAUAAACCCACAGAAUGGUCUCUAUAAUUUUAUCAUUUCUCUUGUAGAGUAGUGUGAUGAAAUGAAAUAAAGAUAAAUAAAACUC